UCCUCACCAUAUCACAAGAAGCCGAUCCAUUCCAAGCACAGUCGAGCAGAAGCCUAAAGCGAGUGACAUUUCCCCCUUCCGAGCUAGCUCAAGAAACCAAUAUGGCCUCCAACCAGAACCAGGCCAGCUACCACGCCGGCGAGACCAAGGCCCGCACCGAGGAGAAGACCGGGCAGGUGAUGGGCGCGACCAAGGACAAGGCGGGGCAGACCACGGAGGCCACCAAGCAGAAGGCCGGACAGACCACCGAGGCCACCAAGCAGAAGGCCGGCGAGACGGCCGAGGCAACGAAGCAGAAGGCCGGUCAGGCCACGGAGGCCACGAAGCAGAAGGCCGGCGAGACGGCCGAGGCCACCAAGCAGAAGGCCGCCGAGGCCAAGGACAAGACUGCGCAGACGGCGCAGGCGGCCAAGGAGCGCGCCGCCGAGACCAAGGACCAGACCGGCAGCUACCUCGGCGAGAAGACAGAGAUGGCCAAGCAGAAGGCCGCCGAGACGACCGAGGCUGCCAAGCAGAAGGCCUCGGAGACGGCGCAGUACACCAAGGAGUCCGCCGUCGCCGGCAAGGACAAGACCGGCAGCGUCCUCCAGCAGGCCGGCGAGACGGUGGUGAACGCCGUGGUGGGCGCCAAGGACGCCGUGGCCAACACGCUGGGCAUGGGCGGCGACAACGCCACCAAGGACACCACCACCGGCGCCACCACCAAGGACACCACCACCACCACCACCAGGAAUCACUAGACGCAUGCGUUCGCGCUUGAUUUGCUUUCCUUUAGUCCUGUUUGGUCGUUCGCGGGCCUUCUACAUAUUUGUAUGUUUCCACUCUUUCGUGAUUUCAGCUCAUUUAGUGUUAAGUUUGCCUUCGAUUUGAUGUACUACUCGUGUCCGGUUCUGUAAUAGUUAAAGAGUUACGAUCCAUGUGCUUUGGUGUAAAUGGAUAACGAGGACACUCGAAGGCGGCAAUAAAGUGUAUGUGGUCGAUUUUCUUUA